GCUGGACGGGGGACGGCACUCACCCCCUUCUGAACGCAAGUAAACAUAAACAUCCAUUGAGUUAACAUUGCACCCAACAAGCCGCGGCCAGCAUGUCUUCGACAACGGGGCUGAGCCGAACCCGGUCCAUACGGCAGCCGGCAACAUCCAGGAACCAGUCGACGCAAAAGGACGACCCCCCGACCAGAAAUGCAGCCAGGAACCCGUCGCCGAGCCGACUACCUCAGGUCAAACCCCUGACACGAUCGGCCACUACGACAGCAGCUUCGUCCGCAUCCGCCGCUGCCCGGAGCAGGGCGGGCAGCACCGCGACGGCUUCUACGACAACCACGGCAUCGGGAAGGUCACUGGCAGGUCUAUUCUCGGGGAAAACGCCAGGGGCAGCGCGGCGCGCGAACCCAACCGCCCCUGAUGAUGCGCCUGCGCAUGCGCCCCUGCCGUCCAGGCCGCUGGGCAGAGCACCUUCGAUCCGCCAGCUUCGCGCGCGCGAACCUGCCUCCACAACAUCCUCCACAACGACGUCCACAACGACGGCGACGACAUCAGCAGGCGUGAGCAGAAGGGUGCCCUCGGCCGGCGUAAAACGUCCUACAUCUUCCGGUGGUCUGCCCUCUCCUACGGCGCCCAAGUCCCGACCGCUCGGCCAUGCGAGAGCCAAGAGCACCGCGACCGCGCUGUCGGCCGCGACUACACUCCGACCACCAGUCUCGAAUGCGCCUCCCUCGCCCAAGACGACAUCGAUAUCGACCCCAACAAGACCGCGCACCAACACCCUCUUGUCAUCUCACACCCGAAACUCAUCUCAAAGCACAACGACGGCAACCACAGCAACCCAAGCCCCGUCGGCCGCCGCACCUGCAGCAGCAGUAGCGCCGCCCCGCCGCCCAACCUUCAACACGAACCAGCAGCACUACUCGCCCCUGAAAUCCCACGCCCCAAAACCCCUGACCGCGAGCUACCUGGCGCCACCAUCGCCCUCCAAGCUGCCCGCCAACCUGGCCAUCAGCGCCGAGACGUCGCGGCUGCAGACGGAGCUACUGCAGCUCUCCCUCAUCCACCGCGAGGCCGGCGCCGUCGCGCGCCAGUGGCACGACAGCGCGCGGAGGAAGCUGGGCGCGAGGUUCCGCCGCGUCGCCCGGGAGCACGACGACUUCUGCGUGGAAGAGCGGGACGGCGUCGAGGGGCGGAACGCCGCGGCUCUAGUGCGCUGGGGAUCGGUAAACUCAAUAUCUGCGAAAAGUGGCGGGGAGGCAACAGCGGGAGGGUUGGAGGACAAGAUCCAGGUCCUGGAUCAGGUCUUGGACGGCGUCUGGGCCCUCAGCGAGCCCGGUGGUCGGUAUAAUAGGGUCGUCGAGGAUUUCGAGACAUGGGCCGAGCGCAUGGCGGGUGUCGUGAGAGCGAGGAAGAGCGGGAAGGCAGAGGAACAUCUAGUCCGGGACGGCGAGAUCUUGUUCGUCAGCGAUCUAGACACGAGGUGGAAGGACGACUGUGCCGGCCUAGUGAGGAAGCUCGAGGGGUGGAGAGGGAUGCUGGACGGGAUCGGGCCCGCGCCUGGAGACGUGGAGGACAGGGCGCAGAGAUCGAGCCUCUCGAGAGCCCUGGGAGGGUCUACGAGCCUGGUAGAUGACAUGCUUGCGGAAAUGGAGCUCAUGCAGGAUAUCGAGAAGGAGGCGCGGAGGUCCGAGGACGAGUGGAUCGAGAGGAUGAACAAGGAGCUCGAGAUUGGCGAUCACGAGACCCUGGACCGGGAGGCUUCCCUGUGGAAGAUGAUUAUUUGAGAAAAGGUCGUGAUGAAGGGAACGUAUCACGAAAACCUGUCCAAUCAAUCCCGAGCGGGUUACAUGACUUCGGGCGUUUCGCACUUCGAUGCGGAAUUUCUGAGCACUGGCAGCCGAUGGGAGUGUGGCUGAACUAUAAUGUAUUAUAAUAGCUGUGGUCCGUUUCUGCCGCGGCUCGGGAGUCGAGAAGUGCAGGCCUCUUCGCUAGGGAAACCCGGGACUCACGAAGCCUUCG